CCCAUCCUAUGUUUAAGAUAAAAAAUGAUGAAUUGAUGAUUAUAUCUUGAAUGUAUAGUGUACUUUCCGUAAAUUAUCUUCUCAUUGUUUAGUGUCAAUUGUUAGACGAGUAAUUGUGGGCUUUACGGCCAAAGAGAAGCUAAUUAAUUAGUCUAAAGUGAACUAAAUACUGCACCUUUCUCGUUUUUUUCAUAAAACUGGGAGUCAUUCAGUUUUUAUUCAUUUAAUUGAAGAAAGUGUUAAAUUAACUAAAAACUUCUGUUGCACCGGCAUUAUAAUGUCUACCCAUCAAGGACCUAGUGCGCCACUAGACGAUCUUCCACCGCCGUACUCAUCGGUUGUAGGAACUACGCAUUAUGGCUUUGUGGCUCCGGCACUAAGUAAUCCUAUCCCGGAUUCUGUAGGAGCAUAUCCACCUGCUAAACCAUUUACUCCUCCAGGAGUUUACCCUCAUCCCGAAGGUGUAACAAAUGCAACUGUAAAUAUGCAGCCUUCUAGAAUACCACCUCCACCACCAGGCUUACCAGUCGGUAUUGUUCUUCCAAACGCUAUGGGUACAGAACCAACCACUUUAACAUGUUUCAACUGUAAUAAAAUAGUUACUACAAGAGUUACAUACACAACAGCUUGGCACACACAUUUAAUUGCUGGGUCGAUUUGCUUGAUCACUAUAGUUUGUUCACUAUGCUGCCUGGGUUUGAUCCCGUACUGCUUUGAUACAUUCAAGGAGGCUGAGCACUACUGCCCUAAUUGCAACACAUUCAUCGGCAAAAGCAACAAGUGUUAAUUUCAGUGAAAUAAAUAUAUUUAAAAUUGGUGUCCUUUAUGCAUAAUGUAAAGUCACUAAAUUUAAAAUAUCUACAAUUUUGAGAAGAGGCUAAGAAAUAUAUAUGCAGUAUUUCCUGUAGCAUUAUUAUCAUUUCAUUCUAAAUAGAAUGUUUUUGAUUAAUGAUGUUCUCUUGUGAUGUUUAUACACUUCAUGGUAUAUAAGUGGUGGAAAUGCAUUUUAAAUUUAGAGCAUGUAGACUUUGAAAUUAGCUUACCAAAAUAAUCAGCAAUUUUAAUAAAAUGUAUCUCAUUUAUACAUUAUUAAUUAAACAAAAAAAUAAAUGUCUUGCUUUGAUAUUGACCAUUAAAUUUAGAAACUUGAAGCAUUAUUUGUUGGUAAGUUAUAAAUGUAAUAUUCAAAAAAGUUAUGUCUAUAAAAACCAUGAUGAUUGUAUAAAUGAAAUAUGAAAUCACAUACAUCCUUGUGGUAACAUGUGAGAAAUUUUUGCCAUGACAAAACAAUGAACUGACAAAAUAUGGUUUUAUUAUUUAUUGUCAUUGCAAAAAUAUAAUGAUAAAUUAAUAUAUUUUGUGAUAUUCAUUUUAUUUUACUAGAGCAUUCCAUUAGAAUAUUUUAAUGAUAAUAAAGUUAAAAUAAAAAUUAUUUAGUAUCAUUGUAUCUUGUUCUUAUUCAAUAAAGUACUGGCAUAUACCAAACCAAUAUAAUAUGAAACUAUAAAAAAAACAAUAGACGUAUUAUUUUGUACUGAAUGAUUAUAUUCUACAAUGUAUAAAAUUCAUUUUACUUUGUUCAAAGGAAUAAGAGCAUUAUGAACUCUUACAAAUACUAUAAUGACAUGAUUGUUUCAUGACUUAUGUUUAUGAAUAUUUCUGUAAUUGUUAUAUUGUCACACAAAUGUGAGUGACACUAAUGUGUGUAUCACUAAUAACCGAAUGAUAAUAUUGUAAUAAAUCCACACUAAUAUCAUAAAUAUGAAAGUGUGUUUGUUUGUGUUGGUUUGUUCAUUCAUGUUGAAACAAAGCAGCAGAUUGGCAUGAUUUUUUUAGUGAGUUCAGUUUUUAAACCUAAAACUUCAGGUCAGGUGAGUGACAUAGGCCACCUUGUAUCGCAAAAAAAUUUCUCAUUCCCUGUGGGAAUAUUUUUAUAUCUGUAUUGCUAUCUUUAGAAAAAUCAAUUGACACUUUUCUUCAAAAACGCAGUGAAGCUGUGGCAGGAAUUUAAAAUCUACUGUAAUGCUAACUUUCAGGCACUAAACUACCUAAGUUAUGGAAAAAAUUUGAAUUAUAUUAUUAUAAUGAUUAAUUUUAUUGUAAGUUUAUUAUUAUUUAGAUUUGGAAUGAAAAUAAAAAGAUGAAAAUAA